AUGCCCCAAUCUCUACGGCUUACACGCUGCCGUAUGCCAGCCAAACUGUAUUGUGAACGUAGUGUCCCAGUUGGCUUCCCAACAGGACGAUUCUCUCGGGCCAUCACACCCCUAUCCUCUCCUUUAAUCACAUCUGCUCCAAUAUCACAUCCACACGUCCCCCCUUCCUCCUGCUCCCUCUUUUCUACCACCUCACACCACCUCAAGAAGGGAGCCUCCAAAGCCAGAAAAUCCAUCUCCGCCUCCAACACCGAGCACAUUCCAGACAACAAGGCCCAAACCAACCGUGACCGCGAGAUCGACCCCUACGAUUUUUCUGACCUAGAAGCCAAGAUUAAACAUCAAGCCGACUGGCUGCGUGAUAGCCUGCAGAAGCUUCGCACGGGAGGCCGUCUGAGCGCCGAGACAAUUGAGGGUUUGCAGGUCGAGAUCAAGCAUGGACUCCAAGAUAAGAAGGUGGAGAAGUUGAGGUUGGGGGAUCUAGCUACGGUGGUGCCUAGGGGAGGCAGGUUGAUGGGCGUUAUGGUUAAUGAGGAGGCUCACAUUAAACCCAUAACCACAUCAAUUCAAUCCUCGCCCUACUCGCUGACACCACAACCCGACCCUCAAAACCCACUGCAGCUCAACGUCCCUAUCCCACCUCCCACAGCAGAAUCACGCGCGCAAUCUCUUGCGGACGCGAAAAGAGAGUUCGAAAAAGCUGGGUUGGGGAUCCGCGAAGCGAGGGGCCAAUGGCAAAAGUGGUACCAGAAGGCUAAGAAAGAAGCUGGUUAUCAGGGAUGA